AUGAUCGUAAAGAGGAAAAGACUGAAGCUGUUAGAAUGUCUUUCCAGCAAACGACGUAGUUCCAAUUGGAAACGAGAAGAAAUGGUCCGUAAGUGGAAAGCGUACUCGAGUAAGGAAAGGAUCCAGCAAAACUCUCGUGUGCAGGUACAAUACCGGCGGGAGCCCCACGACACGGGAAAAGUAAAGAUAGGUUUUGUGGACUUUACAAGCGACAAUUGCCUUCCUUACAAGAAGUGGACAUAUGACAUAGUCGCUGACACAAUCCUAAGUCAAGAGGGUGAUAUUAAAGUAGCGGAUCCAAUAACUGAGAGCAUCCCAGAACGGCCGGCUAGAAAACCAAUUAUUUUACCAACUAACGGAGCCAUCCUUCACCAUGGAGACGAUGCGUCGUCGGUCAAAGACAACCGAGCGACGCACGGCGGGAGAAUGUUCCGGACAGCUCGCGUUAGGUUUAAAGCAUAG